AUGCAUCUGGUUAAGGCUCUCGUUGCGAGUGCUCUCCUGGUGGCCGCCGCCGUUGCCCAAGGCAUCUCCUUCACCAGCUUUCCCGACAAGGUCCAAGUCGGCGAUCCUGUAACUGUCACCUGGACUGGCGGUACUGGUGCUCCCGUCACCAUCACUCUGCGCAGGGGACCCAGGGAAGACCUGAAGGACGUUCAAAUCUUGACCACCUCCGGUAAGGGCGGCUCCUUCACCUGGACCCCUGGUUCCGAGCUCGAAAAUGGCAACAACUACGCCCUGCAGAUCUCCCAGGGCACCGAUGUCAACUACGGCUCCCUCUUCUCUAUCAGCGGCGGCUCUGGCACCGGCGAUGACAAGACCACCUCCUCUUCUGUCACUACCUCUCAAACCACGAGUCUCAGCCGUUCCGCCAGCACCCCAGCCACCACCACCACCCACGCGCCAUCGACCGGAACCCCAAGCGGCUACCCAACCGCUUCUCUCAACAGGACCACCACUGCUGGCCCACGUACCCGCACCACCUCCGUGAUCAUCACCCCUUCCGGCCCCAAGUCUGCUCCUCCCACACCCACGCCAACCACUGGUGGCGCUGCGGUGAUGAGCAGCUCGUUCGCGCUGAUCAUGGGUGUGUUGGCAGCGUUUGCAUAUUUGAAUUGA